AUGGCGUCCUAUCUGACUGGAAGUGAGGCCUUCAGUCGUGAAGCACAGCCCUCAGCUUCCUCCGCAGCUCCACAAGGAGCUUGGGCCGACAAGUAUCGCGGAGCCACCGUUGAAGACCUCGAUCCCCCACCAGCACUCUCCGUCUCGCCAGAUGACCCUGUUUCUUCGGCCUUGAUGGCCGCCUACGAGCGCGACUACACCCACCUCACUGUCAUCUCUGCUACCAAGCGUUCCCUCCUGGGCUAUCUGAGCAUUCCACGAUUGAAGGAGCUGAUCCAGACCGGCGCCGUGAAGGAGUCUGAUCCUGUGUCGGCUGCCAUGCUGCGAUUUAACCGCAAGCGCGGGAUCUACCAAGUCAUUACAAUGGAGACACCUUUGGAGGAGCUGGAGAAGUUCUUUGAAAGCGUGACUGGUGCCAACGGAGACUCUCGUGAAAAGCACCAGUUCGCUGUUGUUACCGACGCUGCUCGCAAAUUUGUGCUUGGUGUUGCUACAAAGGCUGAUUUGGAGGAAUUCGUGAAGCGCCGGCCAUGA